UGCAUAUUUUGUUUAUGAGAAAAACAAACAGUUGCAUCAAUUAUAAAAGGUCUGUAAUUAACUUGACAUGUGUUUUUGUUACCUAGAUUGUGAAACAUACAAUUAAUAUAUACAUAAACAUACAGGAUUUACAUGAAAUUUGUUUUUUGUAGUUGUUGUUUUGUUUUGAAUUCAUAUACGUAAUACAUGUUAAUGAAAUUAAAACAACAACAACCGAACUGUGCCAUUUUUCAACUAGGAAGAACUCAUGGAUAAGAUACUGUUUUGUUUGUGUUGUCAGAACAGAUUGUAUAUUUCUGUAUGAAUGUGUGUUUGAUACUCACAUAUGUGAUGCUUUCAUAGAACAAUGAAGGCUAUGGAAUCAAUUUUAAUAAAACUAAUGCUGUAACAAGCUUAACGAUAAAUACAAGACAUAUCUUUUAACCUUCAUAAAGUGAUAAAAAAUCGAGGGACAGUUUUUCACUAUGACAUCAGCUGCGGAUACCACUAACGCAGAAUAAAACCAACAAGUAUCAAACAGUUCAUGUAGGUGGGAACGAAUUUUAAAAAUCAUCAAUAAAGCAAUGGAUAACGCUACAAAAAGCCAGACACAGCUUCUGUCUGAUCUUAACGAUGAAGAAGCCAAGCUUUUUAUUCCUGUCAUUUUAUAUGUGGGGAUUUUAAUGCUCAUUGGAACUAUAGGUAACUCUAUGGUUGUUUAUUUCUACGGAUGCAAAUCUAAAUCAUCGACGUCAGUUAGUUUUAUAUUCGCUCUUGCAAUAUUCGAUUUAGUAACAUGCGUAAUUGGUAUGCCAAUGGAAAUAGCUGAUUUGAGAUAUUUCUUCAAUUUCAAAAAUGAAUUUGCAUGUAAAGCACUCAGAUGUGUUACUCAUUUUACAUCAAUUUCUUCUGGAAUAACUUUGGUUGUCAUAGCAGUAGAUAGAUACAGGCGAAUAUGCAAACCGUUCGACAGACAGUUGAAUAAUAAACAUGUUAAAGUUAUAUGUGUAUGUACUGGGGUUGUAUCCAUUUUAUUUUCGUGGCCAGCGUUUGUUUUUAAUGAAGUAGUUGAUGUUGAGAUACGGAACAAAGAUGGCGAAACUGUGAUUGGAAAAGAUUGCACUACAACGAAACGAGACAGUUACAGACCGUACAUGCUUGCCUUCAAUAUCAUCUACCUUGUUGCCUUUACAGUCAUAGCAAUGGUACUUGCAGUAUUGUAUACAUUUGUUAGUCGUCAGCUUUUCAGACAUAAGAAAUUUAGAUCAUACGUCGCUAAAGGUAGUUCGCAUGUCAAACGAAUAAAUGUCAAAUCGUUGUCCGAGUCGGAUGAGAAUUUGCUACCCCAUCGUGAAACAAGCACGCUGUCAAAUAGGGUAUUCGAAGAUCCCCCAGAUGCUUCCGGAUCGAUUGUUGAUCUUAAAGAAUUUGUAACUCGAGGAUUGACUCGCGCCUUAACACAGGUUGAAAAUGAUCGGCCCCUUUCCGGAUAUACAGCUGUUACGGGGACAACUGGAUUGACUGGCUUAACUGACAUAAGUGGUAAAACUAUGGGAACCUUACAUAGCACAAAAUCCAUGAAAUCUGUUACAAUUUGUGACCCAUCGCAGAAUCAAAUAUUUCCAAUUGAAGCACGGGAAAGAUUAAGACAUUUAAGCAGUAAUUCAGACUCACAAUUUUCAAAUCCUGAAGGAAAAAGACCCAUAACACCAAGUAGCUUUGCUACAUUUUCAAGCCGUCCUUCAAGUGCAGCACUUUCUGGAUUCAGUGAAUUCUCAAAAACUCAACCAAGAAUAACUGAUGAUUUUAAUGAGCUAAAGAGUGAAUAUGGAGAUUCAGAAAUUAACAAAGAUGAAGAAAAUGCAUGCAAUGGAAAAGAUGAGCCAAUAGGUGAAGAUAGCAACGGCAGGACAAGUAUCAAAAUAUUUGAACAUGAUAUUGAUGGUGAAACGAUAACAGUAACAGACGAAACUGUUUCUACAUUAGAAGAACAAGAUAAUGGAUAUAUUGAAAUUCAACAAUCAGAUAGUCCUAUGCCCGUUUUAAAUGACGAUUAUGAAAAACAUCCUGAUGAAAACACUAUGGAAAUCGUCGAUGAGACUGCUGAAACUAUUGAACCGUUACAUACUGAGGAAUCAAAUAACGAAUCGGUGUCACAAAACACAGAGUUGAAUAGGAGAAAUAGACCUUUAAGCUCUCAAAGUAGUAAGUCAUCAAAGUCAAGAAGUACACAUAGCUCUAAAAGGUCAAAUAUUGUUACACCUUUGAGUGAUGUGACCUUUACUUCAAGUACUGGCUCACGUGCCAGUACUGUCAGACGUAUAAAACGAUUAUUUGGUAACAGCGUUUUCAAAAACUCAAAAAUGAAUACUGAUACGGACAAGAUCAAAGAGUUACGCAUGAAGAUGCUUGACAUUAAUACUGUAAAGUAUACUUUGAUUAUGCUGAUUAUUACUGUAGUAUUUGUGGUGAGUUUUUUACCCUACCUUGCACUGGUUAUUUGGCGGUACGUCGAAGAUGACCAUGAGGUCAAUUUCAUGUCGGAUACAGGACUUGUAUUUUUCCAAAUUGGCAUCCGAUCAAUCUUUUUGAAUAGUUCUCUGAAUCCUGUAAUCUAUGGUGGUUUUAAUUCCAAAUUCAGGGCUUUCUUUUACACUAUGUGCUGCAGCUGCUGUCUGACCUCGAGCCGGAAGCGGAAGAACAAAAGACAGUCACGUGAUCAAUCAGACAGUACUUCCGGAACGUAAAAAAAAUGACAAAUUCGAAAUUCAGAAAAAGAGACUAUGAAGCACAUGAAUGCAUUUGUUUAUAAUGUUUAUUUUUUAUUGCAAAUAUUUAAGAAUAGUGACAAAAAAGAUGGCACCCUCGUUUGUAUUCUGAUAUUCUGUUGUAUGUGUUAGGUAAACAGUAAUCAUUACAUCGAGAAUUUAUUUCAUCCAAAUUCAUAUCAAGCUUAAUUAUCAUAUCUUUCUUGAUUAUUGGUAUCUGACUUGAAUGUUAGCUUGGUACCGGUUAAUUUGUGUAGCAAAAAAACUCUUAGGCAUUGAUUUCAUGAAUUACUUGUAGUGCUUUUACCAAAAGAUCACAUGCUGCAUAAUGUAGAAAAAUCAGGGUAAAAUGUGAUCCCUCGGCAGCAGUAAUCACAACAAAAUUAUAUGGAAAUUGCAGACUCCAUUUGAUUGAGACUGUACAUAAAGUGGAACAUACUCAAUCCCCCUAGCACCGUUUGUACAUACUUUCUACUGAGCAAUAAUAAUAUUUUUUUAUACAUAAUAUGUUCUGGGCAAUGAUAACAUUUUUGUACAGAGCAAUAAUAAUAUUUUUAUACAUAAUAUGUUCUGGGCAAUGAUAAAUUUUUUGUACAGAGCAAUUAUUACAUUUUUUUGCAAAU